GGAGAGUUUCCAGCCGGUGGUUCUUUGCGUCGCGUCGCUCAGCUGAAGCUCCGCAGAAGGUCUCUCUGUCUCUGUGUAGCCGGUUAGCAUCAUGGCGAACGUUGUGGAUACGAAGCUAUACGACAUCCUCGGAGUUUCACCCUCUGCCUCUGAGAACGAACUCAAAAAGGCCUACCGUAAAUUGGCUAAAGAGUACCAUCCUGACAAGAACCCUGAUGCCGGAGACAAGUUUAAAGAGAUCAGUUUUGCAUAUGAGGUACUGACGAACCCAGAAAAGAAGGAGCUUUAUGAUCGCUAUGGAGAACAGGGGCUACGGGAGGGAGGAGGCGGAGGGCCUGGCAUGGACGAUAUCUUCUCUCACAUUUUUGGUGGAGGACUGUUUGGGUUCGCUAGAGGGGGCAGAGGACGCAAUGGAGGCAGGAGGAGAGGAGAUGAUAUGGUACACCCUCUGAAAGUUUCUCUUGAAGACCUCUACAAUGGCAAAACCACCAAACUGCAGCUCAGUAAGAAUGUGCUGUGUGCUGCCUGUAAUGGUCAGGGGGGUAAAGCAGGAGCAGUGCAGAAGUGUGUGGCAUGCAGAGGACGAGGUAUGAGAAUCAUGAUUAGACAGCUGGCCCCAGGGAUGGUCCAACAGAUGCAGUCAGUCUGCACAGACUGCAAUGGAGAAGGUGAGGUGAUAAACGAGAAGGACCGUUGCAGAAAAUGUGAGGGUCAUAAGGUGUGUAAGGAGACCAAGCUUCUGGAGGUGCAUGUGGACAAAGGCAUGAGACACGGACAGAAGAUCACAUUCUCUGGGGAAGCUGACCAAGCACCAGGCGUUGAACCGGGAGAUAUAGUCCUGGUGCUGCAAGAGAAAGAACAUGAGGAAUUCCGCCGUGAUGGCAGUGACCUUCACAUUGUUCAACGUAUCGGCCUGGUUGAGGCCCUGUGUGGCUUCCAGAUGACUGUCGCACACCUUGAUGGACGUCAGUUGCUUGUCAAAUAUCCACCUGGCAAAGUCAUCGAGCCAGGUUCUAUUCGAAUGGUGAAGGGAGAGGGAAUGCCUCAGUACAGAAACCCAUUUGAGAAGGGAGACCUUUACGUCAAGUUUGACGUCCAGUUCCCCGAAAACAACUGGAUUAGCCCCGAAAAACUGAAUGAACUUGAGUGCUUGCUGCCUGCUCGUGCUGAGAAUCCUGUUAUUGCAGCAGACGCAGAGGAAGUUGACCUGACAGAAUUUGACAAGAGUCAAGGGUCAGGAGGUGGAGCCAGGAGAGAGGCCUACAAUGAUAGUUCUGAUGAGGAAGGGGGCCAUCAUGGCCCAGGGGUGCAGUGCGCACACCAAUAGAAAGACUCAUACAUAAAGACAUGCACACACAUAAACAUCCCUUGAGUCCCAUUGCUAAUACCAUUCAAGACUUGACACACAUACAUGCAGAUUUCUCUCCUUUCAUGAUUCCCAUGAAAAAGAGAUAUACACAAAUACAUGUACACAUAUAUCCACCCUCCUCAGUUCCAUGGUGCCCAUAAGUCAGAUAUAUGCUGGACGUGUGAUGACUAUUUUGUGUUUAUGGACAGUAGUGCUCAUCAAAGCCUCCAGCAAGAAGGUUCACUGAAUGAACUUGACUUGGACCGCCCUGUUUUCAUCCUCGGCUUUACCUUUCACUGUGGGAAACACCAGUCUAGUGUAUAAAAUGCAAAUAUUGUUGACUAUCUUGUAUAAGGUGUAGUUUAGUCUAUCACACACAAGCGCAUGCUGCUUUCUUGCUGAAGAUCUUGCACAUAUAGAUCCAGGAUCCGGACAGGACACUAAAAUCUGACACCACUGUCACUGCUAUCAAAGUGCCCUGCCAUCAUAAGAGCUGACCUGAUUUACAGCCCUAAAAAGUGUUGUCCUCUGCACUGCCUGCCGAGAACUGCACGUUUAAUCCACCUCAUCCUCUAAGGUGAGCCGUCAUAUUUUGAAAAUGGGACUGCUUCUGUUAAGUCCCCAGCUGUCACAUCGCUAAAAUAUUAAAGCCCUGAGUAAAACACCUCUCAGCCAGGCACCAUGUUUUUUUAGUUUGGAAUUUAAACUUGUUUGUCUUUGUUGGUUUGAAUGUUAAGUGUGUUCGCGACCACAGAACUUGAACAUAAGUUGCGUACUCUUCAUUUGAUUUUGAGGAUACACUUUGUGUACUUUGUAUGUACAGUAUGUGUGUAAUGCAGUGGCUCAGUGUGUGUGAGCUGCUGUGGAAUGUUCUGGCUUAUUAGAGUGAUCGGUAUUCCUGCUUUGUGUUGGACUGCAGUGUGAGUGGACACUAUAUAGGGUCAAUUUCAGAGGAAAAAACUGAAUGUUUAUUUGCUGAGAAAUCUCUCCCAUGUAGACAUUUCCCCUCUCACACACCAGGACCGAGAGAUCCUCCUCUCUUGCAGGAAAACCAUUGGGCCCGCACCAAACCUCUGUAUUAUACAUAUCUCUGCAUCGUAGAGUUGUUAGCCAAACUUACAUCCUUUGACAUGUUACAAUAUUCCCAUCCCCAUUGACCUGUAAAUAAAUACAGCCCCAGUCCACAGGUGCAUUCAAAGUCUACAGCAGUGUCCUUCGUCUAGCCACAUUAUUUCUUACACAAGUGAGUAAUGGCCGACCGUGCCAAUAUAAAUGUUAUGUUCUCAUGAAGGAGAGUUGAUGGAAACACCUCUGUAGACUGUUAACAUGCACCUCUGCGACUCAUUGUGUAUGUAAUUUAGGCCACAGGGGGAUAAUGUGUACACAAGUAAAGGGGGUCAUUGAUAAAUGACAUUACUGUUGAUGCUUAUGUUUGUCAAGAUGAUAAUUAACUGUAUAAUAAACAGUCACUUCAAA